AUGAAAUUGCCGAACGUCUGUGACGACCACGACUUCGUUCUUGCCACCAUGGCUGGCCUCCGCCAACGACGAACGAGCAGCUCAGUAUCAGAUUUGACCCAUAACGAACCCAUUGUUGAAGAGACGAGAAUCCACAAUGAAGAAGUUGUAUGGGGCAAAACCCCGGGAGGCGAAGUUUUCAGAGUUCCUACCACACAUGAUGUGCUUACCCUUUUCCAUCCGGGCUAUCCUAAAAGCCACUUUGACCUGCUUAAUCUGGCGCUUCUCGGUCUCCAGCUCGUGCUUUUUGCCGUUCUCCCACGCUCAACUGCACGCGUCUUUUUCCUUCUCUAUUUUGCAUUCUGGCGCGGGGCUUAUGAUGCCGGACUGGGUUGGAUACUCACAAAGCAGAGCAAAAAAAAGUGGAUUGUCCGCGAGGUACAGCGACGAGGCUGGCUUGACGCGGAACGUCGUCCCGGAAUGAAGGCUUGGAUUAGGAAGCAGCUCGUGGGCAAAAUGGGGGAGGACUAUUCAUUUGACGAACUCCCACUCGAGUACAACACAUGGCUAUUGUUCCGGCAAGUGGUCGAUGUCAUCCUUCUCAACGACUUCGUGGCCUAUUGCAUGUUCGGGUUUUCUUGCUUCCGCGUCCCAUCGGACCUGUCAUUUUUUGUCCAUGUCUUGAGAUGGGUGGCUGGAAUUCUGAUGAUUGCUUUCAACCUGUGGGUCAAAACUGAGGCUCACAACGUCGUCAAAGAUUAUGGAUGGUACUGGGGCGAUGUGUUUUUCCAACGAGGAGCUCUUAUUUUCGACGGAGUAUUUGAGCUGGCCCCCCAUCCCAUGUAUUCCGUCGGCUAUGCUGGAUAUUACGGCCUUUCUCUCAUUUGCGGAAGCUACGCAGUCUUGUUUGUCAGUCUUGCUGGCCACGCAGCACAAUUCGCUUUCUUAGUUUUCUUCGAAAACCCCCAUAUCGAACGCAUGUAUGGGCAGCGCAAAGCAAUCGCCAAGCGAACACCUGUGCGACCUCGUCGUGGGCAGAGCACCAGCAAUACCGCGACUCCAACAACUAGUGCUGAUACCAGUCCUGAACUCGACGGUUAUGCUUCUUCCACCCCAUCCAUCACCGAAGGAGAAACCGCAACGGAAACCGAUCUGGAAACCGAAAUGGAAGGCGAAUUAGGUGCUGCUCCCCUCCCAGCUGGUCGUAUCAAACGCCAUCAGCCAACGGUUUCUAUCGCCAGUUCAUCUUCUUUCGAUGCUACGCAAGACAUGAGGAACAAGGAGAAGCCGAUAUCCCAACACGAUCUCUUCAAUAAGUACUUCAGGAGAGACACGAUCAUCCUGAAAAACAUCGAUUUGUUCAGAGCGAACGACGCGACUCUUGUGCUCAUCAUCAUUUACUCGCUCACUAUGUCGCUCCUCCCUCAAUUCUCAGGCUUCCAGUCAUUAACAUUGCACUUUGUCCACGCUCUUUCGUGGUGCCUCUUCAGCUGCUUUGGGCUUGGAUUAAUUCUUCGAGCUCAAGGACAAAACAAGUUCCUUGUUCGGCAUUUCAUGAAGAAUUACCAUUAUCCGACCGGCGACGCACGUGGUGCUACCAUCGAGGCGUUCACCAACUGGAAGUCCUUGUACAAUUUGACGUUGUGCAUGUCAUAUGUUUCAUUCAUCGGCCUCGUUUGGCAGACUUACACGAUUCCAAACGACUGGACGGUUGGGGUAGAGCUACUCAGGCAUACCAUCGGCGCUCUCCUCGUCGGACUCCAUAUUUGGGCCGCGCUUGAGUGUUUUGAAGUUCUUGGGCCAUUCGGCUGGUUCUUUGGAGACUUCUUCAUGGAGGAUUUCCCGACUCAUGUUGAAUAUACGGGAAUCUAUCGGUAUCUCAAUAACCCAGAGGUGAUGGGUGGCGCUUCUUGGUUUGGCCUUGCGCUCGUCACAGGCCAUGGGCUCGUUCUCGCACUUGCGGUCAUCCGGCACCUGUCGCACUGGUGGUUCCUCAGUGCCGUCGAAAAUCCUCACAUGCAAAAACUUUACGGCGACUCAUUACGCAAAGAUGCUGGUUUUGUCAAAGUCAUCAAAAGCGUCGCGACCAAGAACGCUCGGGCGCUUGAGAAGCGUGCCGGAAAGCACGCCCCUGAACUCAAACGUGUCGCAGCAGAAGUCGCCAGGGAAGUCAAGGGGACAUUCGACAAAGUUUACGAAGAAACAGCUGAUGUGGUGGAAGAGUUCCUCGCGAAAUCGCGACCUGUUAUCUCGGAAGUGAUGCAGGAUACUAAAGUGCUCUUGCAACAAUCGAGGGAGCGUCUGGUCAUCACUCGCAUCGCCAAUGAUAUCUCCUCUCUCGAUGCGACCAAAUACAAGCUCAGCGCUAUCCCUGCCUCUGAUGGACACCUCCGGUACCAACUCGGUGAACCAAUCCGACUGAAAUGGGAGGCCCCCCAGAAUCAUUCGCGUAAAGAUUGGAUCGGAAUCUAUCGAAUUGGGGCAAACAAAUCGACUCUUGUUACGCGCACAAGUUCGUUGGGAAUGUGGGUGCCUGUCCAUGACGAGGAAUGGGAUGGCGAUGUUCCUUUGGGUCUUGGGUUGGGUCUUGGACUGGGAGCUGCAGCAGGGAGCAGCAAAAAUGCAGACACGGCCUCCGGAACGGUCACAUUCAAGAGUAACACCUUGCCGUGGAUUUCUGGGAAAUACGAGAUUCGAUACCAUCAUGAUGGCAAGUACAACGUCAUGGCUCUGGUUUCGCCGAUCGAGAUUUGCGUCGAAAAACCAGCCGAGCUGACUUUCGCCUCUGUGCGGGAGAAUCUUAAGCGUGUUGUACCCCUCUGCCUCGACUCGGAUCCGUCUCUCAUUCCGGAUUCGUGUAAGACUCCGGACAUGCCAGCGACGCCAAGGCCCAAGAUCAACUCGAUUGAUGGCUCCGGGUUGGCUGAGGAGGAGGAACGAGACCCAGACGAUUUCGCGUUCUGGUCUGAACAACAGGCGAAACGUAUCUGUAGCGCGAUAAAGCAGACGUUUGAUGUGGAGUAUGCGCCGGAGGUGGUGGUGGCGGAUGCCAAUCUGUCAGCGUUGGCGAGGAGGAUUAUGGACUCGAAGGAAGUGUUGUCGGUGAGAGGGAGUGCGGGUUCUUGA